UGCGGGCGGGCGGGUGUGCGACCUGUCCCGGCGUAACCCCCAGGAGGACUUCGAGCUCAUCCAGCGUAUCGGCAGCGGCACUUACGGCGACGUCUACAAGGCUAGAAAUGUCAACACGGGUGAGCUAGCAGCAAUCAAAGUAAUAAAGUUAGAACCAGGAGAAGAUUUUGCUGUUGUGCAGCAGGAAAUCAUUAUGAUGAAAGACUGUAAACAUCCAAACAUUGUUGCUUAUUUUGGCAGCUAUCUCAGACGUGACAAGCUCUGGAUCUGCAUGGAGUUUUGUGGAGGUGGCUCUCUACAGGAUAUUUAUCAUGUGACUGGACCACUUUCAGAACAGCAGAUUGCCUACGUUAGCAGAGAAACACUACAGGGGCUCUAUUACCUUCACAGUAAAGGAAAAAUGCACAGAGACAUAAAGGGAGCAAACAUUCUUUUAACGGAUAAUGGACAUGUAAAAUUAGCUGAUUUUGGAGUAUCUGCGCAGAUAACAGCUACAAUUGCCAAAAGGAAAUCGUUCAUUGGCACCCCAUAUUGGAUGGCACCAGAAGUUGCUGCAGUAGAAAGAAAAGGUGGCUAUAACCAACUCUGUGAUCUGUGGGCAGUUGGAAUAACUGCUAUAGAGCUUGCUGAACUUCAGCCUCCAAUGUUUGACCUGCAUCCAAUGAGAGCACUUUUUCUAAUGACAAAAAGCAACUUCCAGCCUCCUAAACUAAAGGACAAAAUGAAAUGGUCCAAUAGUUUCCAUCAUUUUGUGAAAAUGGCACUUACAAAAAAUCCUAAGAAAAGACCUACUGCUGAAAAAUUACUGCAGCAUCCUUUUGUUACCCAGCCAUUAAAUCGAAGUCUUGCUAUUGAACUUUUAGAUAAAAUGAAUAAUCCUGAUCAUUCCACUUACCAUGACUUUGAUGAUGAUGAUCCUGAGCCUCUUGUUGUGCCUCAUAGAAUUCAUUCGACAAGUAGAAAUGUGAGAGAAGAAAAGACGCGCUCUGAAAUAAACUUUGGUCAAGUAAAAUUUGAUCCACCCUUGAGGAAAGAAACAGAGCCACAUCAUGAAUUUGAUCUGCAGCUAGAAUAUGGUCAUGGUCCUCAAGGUGGUUACUUCUUGGGUGCAAAUAAGAGUCUCUUAAAAUCAGUUGAAGAAGAACUGCAUCAGCGGGGACAUGUGGCACAUUUAGAAGAUGAUGAUGAUGAUGCAGAUGAUGAUGCUAAACAUGCCACUAUGAAACCUAAAGUGCCACCUCCUUUACCACCAAAGCCUAAAUCCAUCUUUAUCCCUCAAGAAACUCAUUCUUCUGAAAAUGAUAAUCAAGGGACAAUCAAGAGAUGCCCAGCAUCAGACAGUCCAGCAAAAUCUGCAUCUCACGUUCCACCGAGACCACCGCCACCACGGUUACCUCCACAGAAGUCUCAUGUUUUAGGUAAUGGAGUCACUUCUGUGCAAUUAAAUGGUGAAAGAGAGGGAUCACCACAUCAACAGAAUGAAGCUAGAGACACUAGUUUUUCAAGGAAAGAAAAGAAAGAAAUACUGAAACCAAUUAGUAAUGGCCUUCCUCCCACACCUAAAGUACAUAUGGGCGCUUGCUUUUCAAAGGUUUUCAAUGGCUGUCCAUUAAAAAUUCAUUGUGCAACAUCAUGGAUAAAUCCAGAUACAAGAGAUCAGUACUUGAUAUUUGGUGCAGAAGAAGGUAUUUACACACUGAACCUCAAUGAACUUCAUGAAACAUCAAUGGAGCAGUUAUUCCCUCGAAGGUGUACAUGGUUAUAUGUCAUGAACAAUUGCUUAUUAUCAAUAUCUGGUAAAGCUUCUCAGCUAUAUUCUCAUAAUCUGCCAGGACUCUUUGAUUAUGCAAGGCAAAUGCAAAAGUUACCUGUUGCUAUUCCAGCACAUAAACUUCCUGACCGAAUACUUCCCAGGAAAUUUGCUGUGUCUACAAAAAUUCCAGAGACUAAAUGGUGUCAAAAAUGUUGUGUCGUGAGAAAUCCCUACACAGGCCACAAGUACCUUUGUGGAGCACUACAGUCUAGUAUUGUUUUAUUAGAAUGGGUUGAACCAAUGCAAAAAUUCAUGUUAAUCAAGCACAUAGAUUUUCCUGUACCUUGUCCACUGAGAUUGUUUGAAAUGUUGGUAGUUCCUGAGCAGGAAUUCCCUUUAGUUUGUGUUGGUGUCAGUAGAGGAAGAGACUUCAACCAGGUGGUGAAGUUUGAGACUGUCAACCCAAAUUCUACCUCUUCAUGGUUUACAGAAACAGACACUACAGAGACAAGUGUUGUGCAUGUAACACAGCUGGAGAGAGAUACCAUUUUGGUGUGUUUGGAUUGCUGCAUAAAAAUAGUGAAUCUGCAAGGCAGGUUAAAAUCCAGCCGCAAACUGUCAUCAGAACUCACAUUUGACUUUCAGAUUGAAUCAAUAGUCUGUCUACAGGACAGUGUGUUAGCGUUCUGGAAACAUGGGAUGCAAGGAAGGAGUUUCAGAUCAAAUGAGAUCACACAAGAAAUUUCUGAUAAUACAAGGAUAUUCAGGCUUCUGGGAUCUGACAGGGUCGUGGUGCUGGAAAGCAGGCCAACAGAUAACCCAACAGCCAACAGCAAUCUAUAUAUCCUUGCUGGGCACGAGAACAGUUACUGAGAAUGGUGUGCAGCAGCUCACCUCGACAAGAUAGCACUCCUGCAGCGGCAUUCACGGCUGGCUGAAAUUGCACAAAAGCUGCAGUAACCUGACUUCAGUUACUUUAUAAUUUAUUACGGCAUGAGAGGAAGAUGAGAAUUGUUUGUGGUAUGGACACACAAGCAUUAAGAUGCCACAAAAGUGCUUAAUUUACUGUUAUGUAAUCUUUGUACAUAUGCAGUAUUUUUCAGUGAAACUUCUUGGUGAAGACCUACACUGACUUUCUGUAGAUAGUGGUCCUCCUGUUAAGUACAAGUGUCUUACCUGUACAGAUGUAAAAGUCACUGAGGAUGCAAAAAUGAAAUCGGGGUACUAUUUUAAGGAUUUGUCAUGUGUUUAUUAUAAAGUGGGAUGCUAGGAACAAAUAUAGUACAUUUAACGACACUAUUGUAUUUUAUUAUAUGUAAUUUACUAAUACAAAUAAAUUUAACUUUUAGAAAUUGUAGCCAAGGCUGUAAUCAGAUUACAAUCUUGUUUUAAUUUUGAUGCAACACACUGGUGUUCAUGUUUGCACAACAUAUUGAGAUGUGAUGUAUUCAGUCACAAAGGUAAGCUGUGACUUUGUGGAUAUGACUUGGGCUUCAGAGUUCCCUUUCUUUUGUUUACGCGGGUAGUUUUCUUUGUGGAACAAACCAGUUAGACACCUGUAUUUUAUAUUUAAUUAAAACUCUCUUUACGAUUACUUCUCUGUGCUUGAAAACAAGACUUUCUGGAUGGGUGUCAGUCCCAGAAUAGUGGUACCUUGCUGUAACACUGCAGUAGGUGUUUGAAUUACUAGCAUAUACAGUGAAAAAAAAUUAGUAUUACUGUUUGUCUUACUAAAUAGUUUCAUAUCACAGUGAAAAAGCAGCAGCAUUCCACGUUGUGGAAAUGGCUCGAAGAUGAUGUCAUUUUGACUUUUUUUGGCCUUAUAACCAUUUUCACACUUUCUUUGAUUUAGGAUGUUAACACAUGGCCAAAAUAAUUUAGUUACUACCUCAUUCAAACAAUACAAUGGUUACUACGCAUCACAGGAGCUUAGUUUUGAUCAGAAGUAUUUUUGAUUGCUAUUUUCCAAUGGAGUAUGUAAAUGCCAAGUUUUAGCAAAAUGCACACAUUUGACUCCUUUUUUGUACAUGUUCUUUUAUAUUUUAUUGUGAUAAUAUACACUAAAGCCAAACUAAAUUUAAAGUGAUUUAUGGCCUGCAUUAUUGUUGUGAUUGGUAAUGCUUUGAAAUAUGUUCUCUAAUGUAUAUAAUGUAAAAUAAACUUUUUUUAACAUGUUGUUGUACAAGUAGAUUACCACAUGCACUAAUUUCCACAUAAGACUAAAAUCUGCUGAUGGAACAUACUGAGUCUUGAAUUCUGCUAUUAAAUGUUUGUGCCGAACACAGAA